AGCCAGCCAACCCGCCAACCCGCCAGCCAGCCCGCCCGCCAGCCAGCGCAUCUUCCUCCUCUUCGGUGCUGCUCUUGCUGAUUUUGCCUCUGCGUCAAAGGUACCGACCGUUUUAGUCAACGCCGCCAUGGAUGGGGAAUAAAAGUCAAGAUGCGCCCGUCCCUCGCCACGGCCGUCCUCCCGGCCAGGACCCGCACGCACAACGCCGUGCCCAAUUUGGCCGUGGGGGGCCGCGAGCACCUCUCGGCCCCGCGGCGGCGGAGCCCCAACCUUCGGCACACCCUCAGCCCGGAGAACCUCCGCAGCUUGGCGGAGAGGGGCGGGGCCUCGCUGGACGCCGUGUCCGUGGUGAGCGUGCCCGUCGGCCUCCCCCGCGCCAACAGCGACACCGACCUUGUGAGCUCGCAGAGCAGGUCCUCGCUGACCGCGUCCACCCUGGACUUUACGCUGAACCGGGGCCAGACCCUGGUCAUAUCCUGGGACAUCAAGGAGGAAGUGGACGCCACCGACUGGAUCGGACUCUACCAUAUCGAUGAGACCAGUCCGUCAAACGUGUGGGAUUGUAAGAAUCGAGGGGUGAACGGUACCCAGAAGGGGCAGAUCGUUUGGAGGCUGGAGGCCGGGCCCUACUUCAUGGAACCGGAGACCAGGAUCUGCUUCAAGUACUACCACGGAGUGAGCGGAGCUCUGAGAGCAACCACCCCCUGCAUCACUGUGAAGAAUACGGCCGUCCUGGUGGAGGGUCUGGCCGAGCAGGUGGGCGUGGAGCAUCCUCGGAAAUUGAUAAGCUUCACCUUGACAGAUCUGCGUGCCAGCGGCCUGAAGAAAGGCAUGUUCUUCCAUCCCGAUCCGUACCUCAAGAUGUCCAUCCACCCGGGCAAGAGGAGCGUCUUUCCCGUCUUCAGCCACCACGGGCAGGAACGUCGCUCGGCCAUCAUCGCCAACACCGUCAACCCCGCUUGGCACGGAGAGAAAUAUACAUUUGUCGCCCUGAUGACAGACAUCCUGUGCAUUGAGGUGAAGGACAAGUUUGCUAAAAGUCGGCCCAUCAUCAAGCGCUUCCUGGGUCAGCUGACCAUCCCCGUGCAGCGGCUCAUUGAGAAAAUACCCGAAGUCCAGCCCGUCACCUUUCCCCUGUGCCGCCGUCUGCCCACGGAGCACGUCAGCGGACAGCUGCAGUUUAAGGUUGAACUCACGUCCACCGGACCUGACGGUGCCUCUCCGGAUUCCAUCAUUGGCCUUUCCACCUUCAACGGAGCUCCGGGGACGCCUUCGGACGACGAGGACCUGCCUCAUCACCUUCCGGGAGUGCUUUCGGUAGGAGGCUCCCCCAUCGGAUCGCAGAGUCCUCGAGGUAUCUGGGAAGCCGAGGCGGCGGCGGCGGCCUACCCGGAAAAGGAGCUGCUGCUCGUCCGAGCCGGCGGGGCCAGGUUUUUGGAGGGCCACGGCGAGUUGCUCCAGAGGUCUUUCAGCGAGGGUCUGGAUGCUAUCGAGGCCCCCAAGGGGCCCGGCGAAAGGCCCUUGGGCGCAGCCUCGCCAAAAUUGCGCUCCGGCUUCCCCACGCACACGCGGCUCAGCGCCAUGUUGCACAUCGACUCGGACGAGGAUGACGAGCGCUCCGCUUUCGGAGAACUGCCUCCCAUGGCGUCCCCGCUGCUACUUAACGGGGAUCCUCCGGAUACGAGCGGUCCGGAUGAAGACGGGCCGUCUCAUGAGCUGCGAGCGGUCCUCGAGACGUCCGGAGACGACGAACCGGAGCGUGCCGGCUUUCCGGAGGCGGCCCAGCCGGUCCCCGAGGCGGAACAAGACGACCUUCUGGAGGAGGAGGUAUUCUCCGAGGCGGAGGAAGCGCCGUUCGCAGAGACCACCUGCCGCCAAGCUUUGCCGGAGGACGGGGAGGCCCUGGAGGUGGGAGGGGGACCCAGCGAGGAGCCUUCUUCCGAGGUGGACACGUGCUCCAUGGCCACAGCCCGGCAGACGGUGGCGUCGUCGUCAGAUAGUUGUCAGGUCACCUUGACCGCAGCUGUGGAAGCAGAGAAAGGGGCCGAUGCAGCCAUCGAUCCAGGGGGAGGUGUGAUGGACGCCACCCCCCCGCCGCCGCCACCUCGCAGUCCGCCUGUCCACCAUGAAGAUUGUCCUGAGGCCCAAGGAGAAGCAGCAGCAGCAGCAGCAGCAGCUUCAGCUCGGGCGUGCGAGGAGACAGGCGAGAGAAGGAUGAGUCUGCAGGCAGCGGGCGGCGUGGCCCAAGAGGCGGACGGCGACCGGUCCAAGCCGCACGACGAGACGGGCUCCGCCAAGUCCGAGCAAGUUAGCGCCGAAACAGACGGAGAGGAAGGAACGCCCGUCAACGGCCAUCCGGUGCGGUCGCUUCCGUCCGUCCGGCACGAUAUUCACCGUUACCAGCGAGUGGACGAGCCUCUGCCGCCGAACUGGGAGGCCCGGAUCGACAGUCACGGCAGGAUUUUUUUUGUGGACCACGUGAACAGGACCACGACGUGGCAGAGGCCCACCGGACCCCCCGCGCCGCAGGGUCUGACCCGCUCCAACUCCAUUCAGCAGAUGGAGCAACUCAACCGCAGAUACCAGAGCAUUCGAAGAACCAUAACCAACAGCGAUAGACCGGAGGAAAGCCCUGCUGAGCUGCUCCCGGAACCGGAACCGGAACCAGAAGCUGAGCUCAUUCCUCACUCCAUUUCCGAAUACAGACGAGACAGUCUGGUGGGUCACUCCAGCGGUCGUUCCCGUCUGUCGUUGCUGCUCCAGUCGCCCAGCGCCAAGUUCCUGUGCAGUCCCGACUUCUUUACUGUGCUGCAUUCUAACCCCAGUGCCUACCGCAUGUUUACCAGCAACACCUGCCUGAAGCACAUGAUCAGCAAGGUGCGCCGAGACGCUCACUACUUUGAGCGCUACCAGCACAACCGAGACCUGGUCACCUUCCUCAACAUGUUCUCCAACAAGCAGCUGGAGCUUCCCCGGGGAUGGGAAAUGAAGCACGACCACACCGGCAAGCCCUUCUUUGUGGAUCACAACUGUCGCUCCACAACCUUCAUCGACCCGCGGCUUCCUCUCCAGAGCUCCCGCUCCACCGGGCUGCUUGCCCACCGCCAGCACCUGAGCCGCCAACGCAGCCACAGCGCCGGCGAGGUGGGCGACGACUCCCGGCAAAGCAACCCGUCCGCCGCGCCGCGACCUUCCAACACCUUCGGCGGGUCCAGUCGCUCCGGCCAGCACCACGAGCCGGUCCCCGUCGCGUACAACGACAAGAUCGUGGCCUUCCUGAGGCAGCCCAACGUCUUUGAGGUGCUGCAGGAAAGACAACCGGAGCUUGCCAGGAACAACUCCCUCAAGGAAAAGGUGCAGUUCAUCCGCAGCGAGGGCGCCGUCGGGCUGGCGCGUCUGUCCGGGGACGCCGACCUGGUCAUGCUGCUCAGUUUAUUUGAAGAGGAGGUGAUGUCCUACGUGCCGCCUUUGCUCCACCCAAAUAUCAGCCUGUCCUCGUCUCCUCAGAGUUCCCCGGGCACCCAACGGGCCAACGCGCGCGCUCCCGCCCCCUACAAGCGAGAUUUUGAGGCCAAGCUGAGGAACUUCUAUCGGAAACUGGAGACGAAGGGAUACGGGCAGGGCCCCGGCAAAGUCAAGCUCAUCAUACGGCGGGACCACCUCCUGGAGGACGCCUUCAACCAAAUCAUGUGUUACUCCCGCAAAGACCUGCAGAGGAGUAAACUCUACGUCAGCUUCGUGGGCGAGGACGGGCUGGACUACAGCGGCCCCUCCAGAGAGUUCUUCUUCCUGGUGUCCAGAGAGCUUUUCAACCCUUACUACGGCCUGUUUGAAUACUCGGCCAACGACACGUACACGGUCCAAAUCAGCCCCAUGUCGGCCUUCGUGGACAAUCACCACGAAUGGUUUCGUUUUAGCGGGCGCAUUCUGGGCCUGGCCCUGGUCCAUCAGUAUCUGCUGGAUGCCUUCUUCACUCGUCCAUUCUACAAGGGGCUGCUACGCAUACCGUGCGAUCUGAGUGACCUGGAGUUCCUGGACGAGGAGUUCCACCAGAGCUUGCAGUGGAUGAAGGACAACGACAUCGAGGACAUGCUGGAUCUCACCUUCACUGUCAACGAGGAGGUCUUUGGGCAGAUCACCGAGCGAGAGCUGAAGCCCGGCGGGGCCGGCAUCCCCGUGUCGGAGAAGAACAAGAAGGAGUACAUCGAGCGCAUGGUCAAGUGGCGCAUCGAGAGGGGCGUGGCUCAGCAGACCGAGAGCCUGGUGCGAGGCUUCUACGAGGUGGUGGACGUGCGACUGGUGUCUGUGUUUGACGCCAGGGAGCUGGAGCUGGUCAUCGCCGGCACGGCCGAGAUCGACCUGGCGGACUGGAGGAACAACACCGAGUACAGAGGAGGUUACCAUGACAACCACCUAGUGAUCCGCUGGUUCUGGGCAGCUGUGGAGAGGUUCAACAAUGAGCAGAGGCUGCGCCUACUGCAGUUUGUGACGGGCACGUCCAGCAUUCCUUAUGAGGGCUUCGCCUCGCUACGCGGAAGUAACGGACCCCGCCGGUUCUGUGUGGAGAAGUGGGGGAAGAUCAGCUCCUUACCCAGAGCCCACACUUGCUUCAAUCGGCUGGACCUGCCGCCCUACCCGUCCUUCUCCAUGCUCUACGAGAAGUUGGUGACGGCCGUGGAGGAGACCAGCACCUUUGGUUUGGAGUGACCCACCCUAACACACACGCAGUGACAAGCAGAGAGAGAGAGAAGAACCCCACAAAGUGCUUUUCCACAGCGGCACGAUGAUGCCAGCCGCCCUGGUGUGUCCGUUGGAUUGACACCUUCACGGCAGCCAACGACGACGCCAUUUUGCGCAUCGCUCCUCUUUCACAGCAUGGACGAAUGACCAUACUUGGGGCCUUUGUGCUCCAUGGCAAAGGUGACACGCUGACAAACACGCAUUUGCUUUGAGACCCAAUCAACAUUUUGCGAGCGUCCCUAUACCCCCAAGGCGGCUAGCGCUGUGUCGUUGACAGCCGCUAGCGCUCGGAGGACCGAAGCGUUUCCUCGAGCCACCGACCCAUGCCUGUUGCGACGCCGCUCGCUACUUUUGCCUCGACAGCAUGCCAUGGAACAAACAGACUGUUGCGUCCGCGGCGAAAAGCCCUUUGCUACCGUCGCCAACCAAAAUGUUCCUUCUUUUUCUACGGGGAUGCAUGCAAAAGGGAAACUUGAGUGUGGCCGAGGACGGAGUAGCUAGCUGGCUAACUAACACGGACGGCGGAGGCAAGACUUUGGAAUCCUCCCGUGCAUGUGAGCGCUUCUCGGUGGGCUCCGUGAGCCGUGCCGGGGGCCGCAAGAUCUGCGGCGGCGGCGGCGGCGGCGUGUUCUCGCUUGAUAUCGCAUGCUGGGCUCUUGCAAGACACUGACUGUCCUUACUAGCUUUUUCUGCAUGAUGAUAUUGUUAUCAGGAAAAAAAACAAGAUGAUGGAUGAAUUGUUGUUGUUUUUUUUUCCAUCGUGGAAAUCACUGUGGUGAGGCCCUCGCGCCUGACCCGCCGACCGAGGCUUGAGAGAAAUAAGGAUGUGGUGCUCCGCUGCUCUUCCGCAAAAGUCACUUUGAAUGAGCUCAGGCAACGCGCAAUGUAGUUUGAAUGUGUCUCGUCUGGCAUGUUACCACAAAACGUCCCUUUCCGCGCGUGACCCGCCUAUCUCCGUGGUUGCGGCUCAUGGCCGGUCAGACGGCCAUGAAGCCAUAGGGCUGUUUUGAGAAGAAAAAAAACCCACGCGUGCAGUCAUCGUGUUUGUCUCUUAUUUGUACAUAACUGUAAAUGUACAGCAUAUCUGUCCUGUUGUGUGUACAAAUAUAUAUUUUGCACUGAA